CCCGAAUUGAGUUCUUACCUUAUAAACUACUUCAAUGAUUGUUUGAGAUUUGUAAAUUUACAAAUCUUCAUCAUUUAAAAUGACAGCUAAAAAUUGUUUAUGCUGUUACUGUGACAAUUCAUCAAUUAAACUAACAGACGAGGAUGUAGAGCAUAUUAAGGAUAUCGUUGGAGAUUAUAGAGAAUUUCUGAAUGAUCAAACAGUUCCAACGAAUGUCAUCUGUGUUGCAUGUCAUGAUAAACUCACUGACUUUGUGGAUUUUAAGCUUAAAAUAAUUAAAACACAUCAAAAAUUCCUUCAAAAUCCACUAAUAAAAUCGGAACCGACAGAAGAUCCAGAAGAGUUUAAUGUCGAUUUCAUUUCAACAAAAGGAAUUAAACAGGAAGUAGAGAGAGACGAGGAACAGCCAAAUUAUCCAAUAGAACCAAUAACUGUAAUUAAUGAACAUGUUAAACGAAUUAAGAAAGUGUCGCAAAGUAUUACAACCAAAUUAAGGACAUCCAGUAAAAGAAAACGAAAAAGGAAGGAUACACCGUCUGAAAAGGAUCAUUAUUGUCCAGUUUGUUCGAAAUACUUUACAGAGGCUAGAAAAGUGAAGGAACAUGUCAAGAGAAUCCAUUUAAGAACCAAGAAUUAUCAUUGCGAUAUGUGUGACUACUCAGCAUAUAAAAAGUAUGAUAUCUACCUGCAUAUUACAAACAUUCACAAGCCUAAAAAUCUUCUUGAAAAGAACUCAAUUUGCCCAACUUGUGGCUUGGCAUUUUUAUCAAAUUCACGGCUUAACGUUCAUAUUAGAAGAAAACAUCAAAAAUCAACGAUGAGAAGAAUAGCAUGUGAUCUGUGUCCUCACAGAGUAGCUACUUUAAACGAAAUGAGAUGUCACAUGAAUGUUCAUUUAACAAAAGAGCUAAGAAUGCAGUACAGCUGCGAAUUCUGUGAUGCUGUAUUUUAUUCCAAAGGAAGCCUGAAGACACAUCGAGAUGUAAAGCACCUGUUCAGUAAUGUAAAUAUCACAUGCUUUUGUGGAAAAACGUUCAAACAGAAAUCUGUAUAUCAACGGCACUAUACAGUCAUACAUAUGGGUCAGAAGAAAUUUAAAUGUGAUGAAUGCAAUAAAGGAUUUAGUGGAAAAACGCAUCUUGAGUAUCAUAAGAAGGCAGCACAUUCAGACAUUGUACCGUCAAUUCCAUGUGAAAUUUGUGGAACAUUAUACAAGUCACUCGAGACACUUAAACGCCACUUCAUUUAUCACGGAGAUCCUAAAUUUAAAUGCGAUGAAUGUGGAAAAAUGUUCCAUGAAAAUAAGAAGCUAAUGGAUCAUCAAAGUGCACAUAAAAUACUUGAAUUUCCCUGCCAAUAUUGCCAACGAAGUUUUAGACUUGAAACUCAGCUAAAUUAUCAUUUAAAGAAGGUCCAUUUUAAGGAGAAGUUGACAUUUAAAUGUGAAUUAUGUUCAUCGACAUUUACUCGCAAAUCAACAUAUAGAGAUCAUGCAUUAAGACAGCACAAGGAACUUAAUCAAGACAUGAUGACUGAAUUUCUAAAGAGAAUCAGAAAAAGUUUGGCAGAAGAGCACAAAACUUAGUUCUUUUAAGCAAUUCUCAUUUUUACUCUUUCUCUCUUACUCUCUUUGUAGUAUAUUGAGAAAGGGAUUAAUGUUGUUAUUUUUAAAUAAAGUAAUUGAUUUUUAAAGUGAU